UCACUCUUCCAAAACAAUCAAUAAACUAGCAAAAGUCAGCGCCUCCCCCUUAUCUCCUCCUCCUCCUCCCUCCGGAGCCGGCCAAGAACCCAACCACUCCGCCUGCCGAUGGAAGAGGAGCGCUGCUUCAACAACUGGGACCUGGACGCCGUCGUGCGCCUGGGCUGCCGCCGCCGCCUCUCCCCGCCGCGGCAGGGGGACACCAACCCCUUCGCCGCGCUUCUGCCACCGCAGCCGCGGAAGGAGAAGGAGAAGGCUGCGGUGCAGGCGCCGGAGCCUGCCAAGGAGCCGGAGGCAGAUACCGGGUGGCGCUUCCCGGACCUGUGUGCCGACGGCGGGCAAGGCGGCGACGAGCUCCUCAGGGCGCUGUUGGCCGCCCACCCUCCUCCCCUGCCUCAGCCUCUGCCAGCGCCACCGUCUCCGCCGACGCCGACGCCGACGCCUCCGCCGCCCCAGCGACAGCUGCAGCCGGUGGACGUGCCGCCACCCCAGGUGCACGCAGCUCCGGCUUCUGCUCCGGCAAGGGCGCAGCCGAGCGGGCGGCCGGUGCCCGGUGGCGCGCCAAGAUCCAAGAGAAGGAAGAACCAGGUGAAGAAGGUGGUCUGCCACGUUCCCGCGGACAGCUCGUCGUCGGACGUGUGGGCGUGGCGCAAGUACGGCCAGAAGCCCAUCAAAGGCUCCCCCUACCCAAGGGGAUACUACCGGUGCAGCAGCUCCAAAGGGUGCGCGGCGCGGAAGCAGGUGGAGCGCAGCCGCUCGGACCCCAACAUCUUCAUCCUCACCUACACCGGCGAGCACAACCACGCGGCGCCCACCCACCGCAACUCGCUCGCCGGGACCACCCGCCACAAGUUCCCCUCCUCGACGGCGCCUCAGCCGCCGCCGCCAUCCGUGGUGGUGUGCGGCGCUUCUAGCUCCGGCGACGAGCAGCACCAGCCCCAGCAACCGAGCCCGAGCCGGACUUCCACGUCGGCCGCAGGGCUUUCCCCUACGACGCCGCUGCGCACGCCAUCCAUUGAGGAGGACGAUGACGAGGAGGAUGGGCUGCGGGUGGAGGACAUAGAGAUGGCCGGCGAGGACGAGCUGCUGUUCAUGAACACUGACGACGACGACGCGGCACCACUGGAGUCGAUGCCCUCGCUCUUCGACACCGUCGAUGAGCCUUUCCUGAGCUCUUCCUGGGUGUCGGCCUCCACCACCGCCGGCGAGCCACCUACAGGGGCAGCCGGCGCCAAGAGCUGACUGACUUCUUGAAGAGAAAAUUGUGUGCCGUCCUUGUAGAUGAAAGAAAUCAUGGGAAGCAGAGAGGAGAAGAAAGCAUAUGAUCCACCAUGCUAAUCGAUCCAUCGAUGGGCAGCAUCAUGAUACUAGUACUAGUUGUAGUAUAAGUAGUCAGACCAGACCUGUAUCGAGCUUGAUCCAUCACCAACCAAUCCAACCUUCUAGCCUUUCUUCACUGACUAGAACAUCUUGGCAUUUAUUCUCUCUCCUUUUUUCUUCUUGGUUUUCUUUAGGAAUAGUUGAAACUUUGUAUAUCUUUCUCUUAGGUGCCUUUUUUCUUGCAAAACUGAAAGUGGUAGAUGAUGAACCAACAAAAAGGAGUGCAAAAAUGAAAGAAAAAGUGGAUGGUGUGUUUGGGUGGCUCUUUU